AAACACUUAAAGAUACGAAGGCGUUAAAGUCAAGUCUCCGCGUGACAUCGAGGAGGCUACACCAAGAUGACCUGUGAGCGCGAGACUCCGACAUUAACCCGCCAGACAAACGCCAAACAUCACACAACAUGUACCAGAGUCAACACAAACCUUUAAGGAAUCUCCACGAGCUUUAAAAGAGGGGCGACACCCCCCGAAAGAUUCUCUGUUCAAAUCCAAAAGACAGCAAAGGUCACUGCUGGAAACAUGGCGGCCGCUCUGGGCAGACUGUUGUCCUUCAGUAAAAAUGCAAAGGUGUUCGUGUCACCCUUGAGGUCGACUGUUACACCUGUUCACCGUUAUAGUGUGGAGGUUUCCAGCACCGGAGAACCUAUCACUCACACCGGACAGGUGUUUGAUCCAAACGAUCCCAGGAGAGCUAGGUUCGUUGGCAGACAGAAGGAGGUGAAUAAGAACUUUGCCAUCAAGCUGGUGGCAGAAGAGCCGGUGUCAGAAGUAGGACACAGAGUGGUGUCCUGUGAUGGAGGUGGAGGAGCUCUCGGACACCCCAAAGUCUACAUCAACCUGGAUAAAGACACAAAAGUGGGUACAUGUGGAUACUGUGGACUCCAGUUCAAGCAGAAGCACUGAUUCAUCUCCUGUCUAUGCUCCUCUGUACUUAUAGCCAUAUUGGUUAAUAAAUCGUCUGUGUUCUGUCUGUGAA